AUACCCUAAAAUGGCGAUCCCUACAAUUAAACAAACAGUGUGGGACAUUUUUUAAACCAAUGAAAAAAUUGUGUGUGUGUGUACACAAAACAUUAAGCGUUGUCAACUUUUCGUCAAUUAAAAACAACCCAAGUAUGCGGUGAAUAUAGACAUCGACUGCAUGAAAUUGUCAUUCCUUUUCAAACAUUCAUUAUCUAAUAGGGAUAUUUUUAUUCAAAUGUUAACAAACAAAAAAAUAAAAUAGAAGGAUUGAAAGGAAUGUCUUCUUGAGAUUGAUUCCAUAUAAAAAGGUUCGAAUUUCUAGCCAAAAUAAUUUUUUUUCUUCAUUAGUUCUACAAACAUUCUAACAGCUCUUUAAUAUGGUCAAUCUUACUACUUAUAUGGUCGCCACCACUGCUAUGAUCAUGGGUAUCAGUGCCCUCGAUCACGCUUCCGUUGAACAAGUCAAAGAGGCUUUGAAGGCUUCCCAUAUUAUUCCUGCUGCCGUUGCUUCAGCUUCAGACUACGCUCCUGCUGCUGUUGCAUCCAUGAUUGUUGAGGCUAAUGCUAAAGAAAUCCAUCCUGAUGUCAUGCUUGAGGAAAUCAAUGCUUUCUUGAGCAACAUCAUGCACCCCGCUGCUCCUCUCUCUUCCAGCGAGGUCGAAGAGGCUCUCUUUGGUAUCUCUAACCCCCUUGAUCUUGCCGGUAAGCUUUUAGGCGGUGUUGCCGGUGCUGCUAGCCAUGUUGUUGGCGCUGUUACUGCCCCUGUUGGUGCUGCCGUUGAUGGUGCCGGUAAGGUUAUCAACAGUGCUGCUGAUGGUGUCGGUAGUCUUGUUGCUGGUGCUGCUGAUCUUGCUGGUAAGGCUGUCACUCCUAUCCUUGGUGCCGGUGUUGGUAACGUUAUUAGCGGUGCCGGUGCUGCUGCUGGUGCUCUUGCUAAUGGUGCCGGUGAUAUUGUUCAAGGUGCCGGUUCUGCUGUUAGCCAUGUUCUUUCUCCCAGUGGUUUGUCUGGUUUAUCCGGCGGCAUCGGUGGUGCCUUGAGCGGUUUAACUGGUGGUUUAUCCGGCGGUUUAUCUGGCGGUUUAUCUGGCGGUGGAGGAAUCAGUGGUUUGGCUGAUAGUGCUAAGGGUGCUGCUUCAGGUGCUAUCAGUGGUGCUGGUGACUUGGCCAAGGGUUUGACUGGUGGUUUGACUGGUGGUUUGAGUAAUGGUUUGAUUGACGGUGUCACUGGUGCUGCCAAUGGUGUUCUCGAUGCCGGUUCCAACUUGGUUGGCGGUCUUGCUGGUGGUGUCAACGGUGUUGUUGAUGGUGCUAAGGGUGCUGUCAAUGGUGUUGUCGACGGUGCUGGUGAUUUGGCCAAUGGUUUGACCGGUGGCUUGACUGGUGGUUUAGUCGAUGGUGUCAAGGGAGCUGUUCACGGUGCUGGUGAUUUAGCUAGCGGUUUGACUGGUGGUUUGACUGGUGGUUUAACUGGUGGUGGAUCCGGUGGUGGAUCUGGUGGUUUGACCGGUGGUUUGACUGGUGGUCUGACUGGUGACGGUGGUCUUACUGGUGGUCUUACUGGUGGUGGAUCCGGUGGUCUUACUGGUGGUCUUACUGGUGGUGGAUUUUCCAGCGGUGGUGGAUCAUCUGAUGGUGGUUACAGUUAUAGCUACGGACCUGGUAGCAAUGAUGGUUCAUCCGGUGGAUACAGCUACAGCUAUGGCCCCGGCCUCCAAAAGCGUGCUAUCUAUGAUAUGGAUGGUGAAUACGCCGAGAUGGCUGAAGAGCCUUCUCAAUCCAAUGUCUACUCUGCACAAGACGAUAUUGUCUCUGCCUCUGAAGUUUCUCUCAGUGCCUCUGCCGCUCCCUCCGCUUCUGCUAAUCCUGUCUUAAGAGCUCGUUCUGCUGGUGCAUACUCUGCUUGGGCUUCUCACCAUGCCUCUGCCUCUGCUUCUGCUGCUCCUUCUCUCGCUCGUCGUGCUGACUCUCCUCAAAUCUCUGAAGCUGCCUUUGGCCGUGAAGAAAGCAACCCUAUUGCUGACUACCUUGGUAGCAUGAUCAUCUCCAACAUUAAGGAUGAAAUUAGUGCUUCUCUUGCUCAUGGUGGUGCCGCUGGUGCUGCUGGUGACGUUGAUCUUAAGGAUCUCCUUGAUAAGGUUAAGGCCAAGCCUACUGGUGCUGCUGGUGCUGGUGGUCUUGCUGAGGCCCUUAAGGGUCUUGCUGAUAAGAAGAAGGCUGGAUCUGCCAGUGGUUCUGCCUCUGCCUCUGGUUCUGCUGACCCCGUUGCCUCUGCUACUGGUGCUGUUGGUGACGCUGCCAGUGCUGCUGCUCCUACUGGUGUUGCUUCCGCUGUCAAGGACGUUAAAAAGGCCGCUCCUUCUUUACCCGCUUUCUAAAUUUUACAUUACGUAAAACAAUACCAAAGUUUUUUUCUUACCCCUCCCGAUAUAUUCGACUUUCGUCUAUAUUCCCAUUUUAAUUUAAAAAAAAAUCUCUCAAAGUUUAAUUCCCUUCGACAUAUAACCAAUUUUUGUUUAUAUCUAAUUUAAUAAAUCUCUUUUAACC